AUGCAGGACAAGCUCUUCAAUGCCAGGACAAACUCUGGUGCCCAAUACCCACGCCUCGCUCACCCAGAAGUUGCCAAGCACGCCCUGCGUAACCUGAAGGGUGUCGUAUUGGCAACUUUUCGGAUACAGUAUACCCCCUUACUGUCCACAAAGGGGGUUGCUCAACCACGAGCAACACAUAUUGGCUCUUCAUCCUCCUACCCUAGCGCCAUAAGCUCUGAAGUCAGUCGCAGUACAGGUAACCCGGUGGGACCUUGCAACCCCGGCGAUCUCUCUACCCCUGCUGUUACAGGACACCUAGACCCUACCGGCUGCUUGGGUCUAGUAGACCCUCCCGGCAGCUUGGGUCUCGCAGAUCCUCCCGGCAGCUUGGGUCUUGCAGACCCUACCGUCAGCUUGGGUCUAGCAGACCCUCCCGGCUGCUUGGGUCUAGUAGACCCUCCCGGCUGCUUGGGUCUCGCAGAUCCUCACGGCUGCUUGGGUCUCGCAGACCCUACCGGCUGCUUGGGUCUAGCAGACCCUCCCGGCAGCUUGGGUCUCGCAGACCCUCCCGGCAGCUUGGGCCUCGCAGACCCUCCCGUCAGCUUGGGUCUCGCAGACCCUCCCGGCAGCUUGGGUCUAGUAGACCUUCCCGGCAGCUUGGGUCUCGUAGACCCUCCCGGCAGCUUGGGUCUCGUAGACCCUCCCGGCAGCUUGAGUCUAGUAGACCUUCCCGGCAGUUUGGGUCUCGUAGACCCUCCCGGCAGCUUGGGUCUCGUAGACCCUCCCGGCUGCUUGGGUCUAGCAGACCCUCCCGUCAGCUAG